CCUAGAUUCUCCUGGAUCCAACUGUGCCUCUGUCUGAAGAAAACCCUGCUCUAUCGUUCAUCUGAACAAGGACCGUCUGUCUCCCACUAGGUCCUUUGUAGUGUUGUGGGAACAGUGUUGCAAGGAUCAAGUGACAGAGAGAGAGAGAGGUUCUCUUGGCCGCUAACACACAAAAGCAAGCAUCCACCCAUCAUGGCCUCCAGCAUGUCGGUGAGGAGUUACUCUAUGAGCCGGCAGCCCUCCUUUUCCAGUCGUUCUCUGAUGGACACCGGCCGCGCUCGCUCCCGUGCUUCGGUGUCUUUCGCCGCAGCCAGCCCGCUGAGCCGUUCAGCCUCUAUCAGCCAGGAUCUCAACGGGCCCAUGAGCCUGCAACUUAACGGACUGCGCGGCAACAGCACCAACGACAAGGAAGCCAUGCAGAGUCUCAACAACCGUCUGGCCAACUACCUGGACAAGGUGCGUUCACUGGAGCGCUCCAACGCAGACCUGGAGACAAAGAUCAAGCAGCUGAUGCUCGACCGCAUUCCCAAAGGUCAUGACCUUGAGUCCAUGAUGGCCCAAGCUCAUGCUGUUGAGCAAGAGGUGAGGAAGAAGACCUUGGAAAAUGCUCGUCUCAUGUUAGAGAUUGAUAAUGCUAAACUGGCUGCUGAUGACUUCAGAAUCAAGUGGGAGACAGAGCUGGUGAUGUGUCAGUCUGUGGAGCGAGACUGUGUUGCUCUGAAAAAGGCCAAGACCGACCAUGAGCAGAUCAUCGCCUCUCUGAGGGGAGAUCUGGACAGCCUGAAAGAAGAACUUUACUUCCUCAAGAAAAACCAUGAGGAAGAACUGGAGCAGAUGAAGUCUCGUAUUGCCAGAGACGAGGUGAAUGUGGAGGUGGACUCGGCCAGUGGGCCGGAGCUGGGCACCAUUCUGUCUGACCUGCGUUCCCAGUAUGAGGGGAUUGUCAAGAAGAACAAGGAACAAGCAGAGCAGUGGUACCGCAAGAAGCUGGAGAUGGUGCAGAACGAGGUGAAGGAGAGCAACGAGGCUUUGAGAGGAGCUCAGAGCGAGCUGAUUGAGAGGCAGCGCUUCCUGCAGAACCUGGAGGUGGAGCUGGAGAGUCUGCACAAACAGAUAGCAGCGCUGGAAGGUAACCUGGGUGAGACGGGUCACAAAUACUCUGCUGAGAUGGAACGGCUGCAGGCCACCCUGAACCAGCUUGAGGACGACCUCUCCCAGCUCAGGCUGGACAUGCAGCGCACCAAGACCGACUACGAGCAGCUCCUCCGCAUCAAGCAGAACCUGGAAAUGGAGAUCGCCACCUAUAGGCGCCUGCUGGAGGGAGAGGAAACAAUCAAGGAAGUUCCUCCUCCACCAAAAAAGGAGCCUGAUGUUCGCACCAGGAAGAUUGUGAAGGUGGUGACUCAGACGAUGGUCAACGGCAAAGUGGUGGACGAAUCCAGCGAGGUGGAGCAGAUCGAGGAGACCAAGAAAUAAAAAGAGGAAGUGAAGAUAAACAUGAAAAAAGGAUAAAAAGAGAAGAAAUUAAAAGAUUAGUGUCAGAAUAUUACACACGAGCUGUGGAGCAUCAUUUAUUCUUGCAACGGAGAAAACAUUGUUUUGAAUAGGGCAUAGCGUUUGUGUUUUCAAAGAAAUGUUUUCCCACAGUUCACUUAUCAGUGACACUUUGGUCAAUGUUUGUUUGGAGAAAAUGCCACAAACAUAUAUCCAGUACUGCUGUAGCUAUGCAUACUCAUACCAGUUGUGUGUGUGUGUGUGUGUAACUGACUAACCAUCUUCAUACUGUUUUACUAAUAAAAUGGUGUGCAGUUAAACAAGAUAUUUAUUUCUUAGUGUGGAAAAGUUUACUUUAGUAAAUGUAAUACAUACCUUUAGUCUUUUUACAAGAAUAUUGUUUAACUCUCUUUGCUGUUUUUGUGUUUGUACUGUGUCUAAAUAAAGUUUCUCUAAUCCAUAUAUCUCUAUCCUUAUAAUACUCAGAAUAAACAUUUUAUGGCUUUUACACUGAAAUGGCAAUAUACUGUGGACUCAGUUCUUGGGCUGUUGAUGAAAAACUUUUUUUUUUUUCAUGCACUGGUCAAUUUUGAGAUUUUGGGCUAUUUUGCUUUCUUAGCAUGUCUUCUUUCAGACUAGUGGAAAGAAAACACCCAAAAUAAACAUUUAGGUGUUUAUCUUUUACUACACUUUGUCUAUUUGCAUCUGUAGAUUUCUCCUUAAUACACCAAAAGUUAACAUAAUAUCUCAAUUUCAUAUUUAAACACAAUAUUUUCAGAUUUAUGGAGUGAUAAAAAGAGAGAUCCAAAAUGUCCUCCAUUAAAAACAUUUGACUGUAAUAGGUCAACAAAAUGAAACAAGAAUUUUGAAAAUGGCUUUAUCCAAUGUUCAGAUUUCUGUUCUGGACAUGAAUGCAAAUUAGAAAAUAUUUAAUUAGAUAAUGCAUUAUUUGCAUAUUUAAACAUUUCAGAAAACUUGUAAUAAAUGAUUGCAGGAAUAACAUCAUUACCCAAACAAUAAAUAUACUUACUUAAGCUUUAAUUAUAAAAAAUCAUGUUAAACUUUGCCUCUGAUGAGAUUCAACCCACUGAAAACAUAUAUACACAGGUCACUGUCAUGGUUUUGGGUUUGUGUUCUGUUAUUUCCUGUUUUAUUUUGAAAUAGCCUCCUUCCCUCAUGUCUUUGUUUGCUUUUCCCUCCAGUUUUGAUUGUUUGCCCCACCCUAAUUAGUUGCACUUGUGUCUUGUUAUCUCCCUAACCUAAGUGUAUUUAGUCUGUGUCCUUCCUUUGUUCUGUGUCAGAUCGUUGUAUCUCGUAUCUGUCAAGCACCUUGGCUUCUUGUGCCUUGCCUGUCUUUUGGAUCUUGCCUGCUCACCAUUGGACCUGUGUUUCUGUUUUUGACUGCUUACCUGCUGCGAGCUACUGUUGCCUGCCCUCUCCAGUGUAAGCCUUUUGUUAAUAAAUAAUUAACAAACUGUA